AUGAGCAUGGAGGCGGAGACGACGCUUUCAUGGUUCUCAGCAUCCGAGUGGAUCAAGAACCAGUUCUCCAAUGUGAUUAAAGUUUCCAAUUCAGCACCUAAGCAUGUAGGGUUUGUUAUGGAUGGUAAUAGGCGAUAUGCCAAGAAAAUGGAUAUAGAAGUCAAAGAAGGUCAUGAAGCAGGUUAUAUGAGUAUGAGUAAAGUCCUGGAGCUUUGCUAUCAGGCUGGUGUUGAUACUGCUACAGUAUUUGCAUUUUCCAUUGAAAAUUUCAAGAGAAGUUCACUGGAGGUUGACAAUUUAAUGCAAUUGGCUCGUGAGAGAAUUCGUCAAUUGGCGGAUAAGGGUGAACUGGCUGAAAAAUAUGGUAUACGGGUAAAAGUUAUUGGAGAUUUGACGUUAUUACCAAAGGACAUUUAUAAAGAGGUUAAAAGAACGACAGACUUGACCAAAAACAAUACAAGGGCUACUUUAAACAUCUGUUUCCCUUAUACAGGAAGAGAGGAGAUUUUCCAUUCAGUAAAGGAGCUUAUAUCAGAGGAUGUUCCCAUUGACAGUAUUAAUGAAAUUUGUUUAGAAAAACAUCUUUAUACUGGCGAUUCGCCACCAUUGGAUUUAUUGGUAAGGACUAGUGGUGUUUCAAGGCUAAGUGAUUUUAUGUUGUGGCAAGCAAGCAAUAAAGGUGUUGUCAUUGAAUUAAUUGAUCGUUUGUGGCCUGAAUUUGGUCCACUAAACAUGGCAUGGAUUUUAUUAAAAUUUGCAUUCCGGAAAUCUUUUUCUGUCAAGCAUGAAUUAGAGGAUGAAGUUGAAGAUAAUGAUGAACUAAUGGAAACUUUACCAGAGGAUAAGAAAAAUCUUUGA